AUGUCUCACCGGCGAUCAAACCAGCACGACGAGAGCGCCAGAUACAUCCCCAAGGGCCAGCAAAAGUUCGUCCCCAAAUCCUUCAAUCCAACUCCUCCUCCUCCUGCAUCUAGCUCCACCGCUUUCCCCGUUUCCCUCUCCUCGUCGCUCAGGCAAUCGGAUUCCUCUUCCAGAGCCCCCGCUCCUGGUGGCAGUAGGGUUAGGAUCGGUGAUCAGGGACAGUUGGUAGCUCAAGGCGGUGGCAGUUUCGUUAAUUACUUACCUCAGGACGAAGCCGUAGCUGCGGGUUUGGGCCCCGAGGAUGGAGGUUUGGAUCCGGUGGAGUCUCAGGGAGUGGUGGAUCUACUCAAUAGAGAGCUCGCAAGGCUGCUCAAGCUUAAUCCUAGACUGUUUUGGAGAGAAGUGGCUAGUGAUGCUUCGUUGCACGAUUUUCUGGAUAGCUUCUUGCAGUUUAGAAGCAGGUGGUAUGAUUUUCCUUUUCAUGGUGUCAAGGGGAUUGUUGCCGGCGUGAUUGUUGGAGAGAUUGAGCUUUGCCGCCGUGUUUUCAUGGUCUUGUAUCGAAUAUCUUCCCAUAGGGAUCCUGGUGCUCGAGCUGCUGAUAGCCUUAGUCAGAAAGAUCAUGAAGUUCUCUUGCAGGAAAAGAAGUUACUGGACUUGCCAAAGUUGUUGGAUAUAUGCGCUAUUUAUGGACAUGAGAAUGCAGAGCUCACAAAAUCUUUAAUUGAGAAUGCUGUGAAAUCUCAAGUCGGAGUUCCUGAUAAUUUGAAAACAAUGUUGUCUCAUUUCUUGGGCAUCUUGCACACAAUGCAUCGCCGUUGCACCUCAUCGUUGGAGACCUUGUUUACGAGUGCAAAUAGUGAAGACCAUGGGAGCAAACAACUCCAUUCUGACCUUUUGGAGGUUAUGGACUUCAUAAAUGAUGGAGUUGUGUCUUUGGAUUCUCUCACUUUUGCUUAUUCACCAGCAGCUUUAAUCUUGGCAUGCCCUGUUGAGACGAGUUAUGGGAGCGAUGAACUUCUCAGCAGCCUUGUUCGGUUGCAUGAUUCAUUGCUUCCAUCACUUCAUCGUGGCUUCCAGGUCUUGUUCAAGGAUGGAGACCAUGAUUCUCUUUCAGACAUAUCAACGAGUUUAAGCAUGUUGUCAACAAGGAUAGGAAGUUUAUGUUGGAAAAUCUUAGAUACCUGCUAUCUCAGCAAGGAUUUGUCCGAUCACGAAUCCUCAAUUCCAGCUGUCACGAAGAUGUUCCCGUCAAGAGUAGAGGACCCUAUGGUAAGGGCAGAUAUACUGAUCCAAACAUUCAGGGAGAUCAGUGGACUUUCCGAUCAGUCACUGGAAAGCAAGAACCGAUUACUCCAUAAGAUCGAGAAGAGUUACAGAAUAAUUGAGAGGCUCAGGAGUUUACAGAAAGCAGGAUGGAUAUCAAUGGAAGAUGAGCAGCUUCAAUAUCUGUCGAUGAUCAUGUUGCAUUCCGGAGGAACCGUCUCUGUGAAGGAGUCGCCGCUUCUUCUAACUGAUGGCAGAAACACCACCGAGCUUAUGGAUGAAAAUGCUGUGGUUAUGCAAUCGAAGAUCAGUCAAAUAAAAGACAUAUUCCCUGAGUACGGGAACGGUUUCUUAGCUGCGUGUCUUGAAGCCUAUAACCAGAAUCCAGAAGAAGUUAUACAGAGGAUACUUGAAGGAACACUCCAUGAGGACUUGCAGCGAUUGGAUACUUCUUCCGAGACCAUGCCACAACCUAAACCGGCUCCAACUCUUGGAAGCAAAGACAAAGGGAAAGGAAAGCUUAUUGAAUCUGACAGUAGUAGCUCUGGUAUCUACACGGAGCAACCUAUGACUCGUCCUUCAGUUCCAGCUUCAUCAGCCUCGUCCACAGCGGUUGGCAGAUUUGUCAGAAAGCCAAAGGAUGAUACUCCAAGCUACAAAAUUCUAGAUGCAAGAAAAGAAUCCGACAGAGAAAGAAACGCAGCUUUACUUGCACAAUACGAGUACGACGAUGAAUACGAUGAUUCUUUUGAUGAUCUGGGUUUCAGUGUUGGGGAAUCAGCUACUGGAGAAAGCGAGUCAUUUGGUGGUAACAGAGCUGGCCAAGCAGAUUCUGAACCUUCUGCUGCUUCGAAAUGGGGAAGCAGAAAGAAUCCUCAGUUCUAUGUCAAGGAUGGUAAGAACUACAGUUACAAAGUGGCGGGCUCUGUUGCGGUGGCAAACGCAAACGAAGCUUCGCUGGUGAAUGAAGCUCAGGAAGAUAUGAUACUUGGCUUGGGACGUGGAGGUAACAUUCCUCUCGGAGCGGUUAGGAAGCUGACAGAGUAUCAGACACAGAGAGAUGACAAGGGUCAGUCUAAUGUUAACGUGAACACAGGCGAUGGAAGAGAGAAUGUGAGAUUCGGGAGAGGAAGGGGUAGAGGAAGAGGAAUGGCGAGGGAGCAAACGCAAGAGAAGAGUAAUGACAACAGUAACAACUCAGAGGCUACUACAGAGGCGGAGAAUGGAGGAGGAAGGGGUCGAGGGAGGGGAAGAAGAGGAGGAGGUGGAGGAAGGAAUAAUCAUAAUCAUAAAGACAGAGCUAUGAAGAAGCACAUUGCUAGUGUUUCUGGUUUCUAGAGCGCAGGAGAUGAUGUUUUUGGAGAUACGGGAUAUAAUAUACUUGUGGAUCACUAAAGAAUGGGUCUUACAAUUGAACCAUAUUUUUAUAAGUAGGCCCAUUAAUAGCCCAAUUCUCAUUUUCUGAUUUUUCUCCAAACGUAAGUCGGCAGAUAUCUCAGUUGCCUUUAAAUAGAGACCUCACUCUUACUCUCUUUGCGUUACUUAUCGUCGAUAUUUUCCUUU